GAAUGGAAAUACCAGUGGACGCGGGCUUGUGUUUUUAUAAGCUAACUCAGUUUUUAUUCUAAAUAUCUUUAAUUAAAUCAAGGAUAAUCAAGUUUUCGUAGACUUCACUAAAGUGGUUUGUUUUGUCACUUAGCCGGUGUACGUCACAUUCAGGACAUCAGGCAUAAAGAACAGGGCCUCUGUUACAAGACAUUUAUAAAGUCUGUGCAGAAAAUCAUCUAAACGCAAAUUGUUCAAGAAAAUACAUUUUCUCCAAUUAACAAAUUAAUCAGGAGAAAAAAAAAACCCGGAAACAUGAGUGUUAAAAAAUCAAGAAUCUGAGAGUGACGUUUUCCUGAUUUGAGCUCGACUCAGCGAGAUGAUGAGCCGACACUUGUACACGGAACAUUCAGCUCACCCCUCAUCAGACGCCGAGGCCUACCAUCACUACCUCGACCGCAACAAACAUCUCCUACUUCAGAUCAAGAUGUCUGUCAUCUUUUUCGUCGGCGGCGUUAUCAUCGUUAUCUGCGUCGUGUACAUCUUCAUCCAGUGUAGAACUAAAGUGGUCAAACCCGUGCUGAAGCAGGUCCAGAACCGCAGGAGUCUAAAGGAGGACAAGAAAGCUUUGUUUGGCUCGAGUGAUACACUGGAGAACCUUCUGACUGCUGACAACAACAGCCCGCCCAUGAGCAAGCACGUGCUCUUUGGUUCUAGCGAUACACUACAGAACAUUCUAGAUACUGACGCUAAAAGCCCGUCUAUGGACAAGCAAGUUCUCUAUGGCUCUAGUGACACGCUAGAGAACAUUCUAGCUGCUGAUCCCAACAGUCUCCCCAUGAAGAUUCGGAAAGAUAAAGAGUUCUAUGUUUAAAAAUUGGCAUGAAAAAUAAAAGCAAUGAAUGAAAACGUUAUCGAAAAAUCAAAGGUGACGCCUUUAUAAAUUAAGAAAGAACAGAACGAUUAUUAAAGUAUUUAUUCUAAAAUGGGUUUUAAAAUAAGUAUUUUUAUAUUUUUAAUUCCAAUGUUGCGCACAUCUGUUUUUAAUAUACUCAUUCUUAUCUAAAUGUUUGAAUUUUAAAAUUCUAACGGUUAAUUUCUUGUUAAGCUGAGGCUGCACACAUCCUUAUAACGUUAUAAACUUUACUCAAUUGUACAAUAUUUUAACUGCUAAUUAACAUUCAUCUUGAUGGAAGCAGAAGUACCAGCAUGUAACACAGAUUUAGUAUUUUAUUAAAUUAGAAACGAUCCAGGAUCCGAGAGAAAUAUUGUUCAAGUUCAAAAUUUUAAACUACCCAGUUUUCUUGGUGGUUGUCCAUAA